CCAAAUUAAUUAUAACUGAUUCAGUAAACCAAACAACAAUGUUAAAAGUAGUUUUCAUUCUCUUCUUGGCAUUGACGGCCAACCAGGCCAAAAACAUCUCUAAACCACCAACAAGAGCUGAACAAAUCCAAAAUGAACUCGAGGAGGAAGCAUUGCGCAGCGUCAAGGACGAGGUUUUAAAGUUGUUGCAAGAGCUCGAGGACCUCGUCGAAUCUGCUGCCAACAAAGUGAAGGAAGAGGCGACCAAGCUCGAAGAAAAGCUGAAGAAUGCUGCCAACAAGGCUGUCGACAAAGUCAAAUCCGAACUGGACGAAGUGUUGGACGGUUUGCUGGACAAACUCCAGGAGGAGGUUGACAAGCACGCGGACAAAGACACAAGCGCGUGCGUAGACCAGUACAGGCCCGAGUUGCAGAACUUGCCGCAGAAAUUUAUAGACGACGAGGUGUCGUGUGUAACCGACAAAUAUAAUGAGGGUAAGAAGAUAGUCACUGACGUGAUCGAUACCAUCACUAAUGUUUACAAUGAGAUCACUAACAUUAAAAAUGACAUUAAUAAUUGUGGAAGUGGCUUGUCUUCUGCGGUAUGUCUGACGAAACUGUUGGCCAAACUUGGAAAGGAUGUUGUAUCUUUACCCAAGGAAAUUACCGAAGCCUAUGUGAAAGCGGAAACGUUCAUUGAUACCCUGCUGCCAACGUUGGACGUGUGUGCUACCGGAAAAGUGGCCGAUAUGUCCGAAGAGGGGUUGAAGAUUUUGGCUAAAGCAACUGCUUGUAUUGCCGGACUAUAAAUUGAUUAAAUGAAGAAUAAAAUGCCAUGAAACAUAAAUAAAAUUUAUUACAAUUAACAUCUUUUUU